GCGGACGAAGUGUAAUAAAAGAGUAUUCAAACUUUACAAACGUUUUCACCAUGAAUUUGCUCCCCAAAACCAAAGAACAGUUCAAAUCUAAAGAGUACUGGGACCAGUUUUUUCGAAACCGCAAAGAAUCGUUUGAGUGGUAUGGGAAUUACGGCGAACUUUCGACUAUUUUGCACAAGUAUUGCAAAGUCAAGGACGCAACUCUUGUCUUGGGCUGCGGUAAUUCUCAGUUAAGUGAGGAUCUGUAUGAUCUGGGAUAUCGUGGUCUUGUAAAUAUAGAUAUAUCAGACGUGGUUAUAAGGCAAAUGAAGGAGAGAAACAAGGAAAGAAGGGCUGAGAUGGAGUUUAUUAAGAUGGACAUGCUGGAUAUGGAUUUCAAUGCUGAGACAUUCAAUGUCAUUCUUGACAAAGGCACAUUAGAUGCAAUAUUUGUGAACACAUUGAGUGAAGUCAUCUCAGAUGUCAACAAGAUGUUUGAAGAGAUUCAGCGGGUGCUCAAGACAAACGGUCGAUACAUUUGUAUCACUCUAGUGCAAGAACACAUUCUUGAUAAGCUCUUGAGUCACUUUAUUAAUGGUUGGUUCAUUCGUGUUCAUAAGAUUGAAGCCACAGAGUCACCAUUGCCUGUUUAUGCCUUCAUCUUCACUAAAACAAAGUUCUCAGGACAGAAAGGUGACUCCAUUCCCAAGAUUCUUGAAAUAUGUCUUGAUGGUAGUGACAAGAUCCAGAGAGUGUCAAGCACUACAGAUAUCAAGCUUGCCAUUGAGGAUCUACAGAAAUAUGCAAUGGUUAAACAAUCUCUAGGGAAGAUAAAACCUGGAGAUAUUUUUAGUCUAGAACUGUGGUGCUCAUCUGUUACCAUGGACGAUAAGGAACACAGGGAGCCCAGAUAUACUUUGACUGUGGUUGACUCUCCACCAAGUCUCUCACAGAAUGGACUCUUUGCUAUUUUCAUUGUUCCACAAGGUAGAGAGACUGACAAGUCCUUUGCUUCACAAGAAGGUCAAAAAGAACUUGCUGCAACUGCAAAAUUCCAAAGACUCAUUAUAGCAUCUCUUCACAGAGGACAUAAGUAUGAAAACAUAGAAACAAUAAAGAAAGAAUUAUCAGCCAAGGUGAUGGAGCUAGCUCCUGAUGGAGUAAUCAAUGAGAAAAUGGUACCUUUCCUCUCUGAUGGUGGUGAUAUUGGAUCUCGUGAUACCUUGGAUCAAGGAACAAGCGAGAUAAGUGGUGAUUAUGUCAUAGAGGAAGUGGAGAGGAAAGGAGGCGAAAGACAACGACGUUUAGUGUUGCUUAGCAAUGCUGAUGCUAUCCAAUCAGAGGCAAGAAUAAAAAUAGAAAUAAAAACUGUGAAAGGAAAGAAAGGAAAAACAAAAAAGAAGACAGAGUACCUUGUAGAUCAUUCUUACUUGUUUGAUGUACAUCACCAGGGUAUAGUGGCUGGUUUGGCUUUUGUUGAAGGCAUUACUGACAAUGGCUCAAAGAAAUCAGGUCUUUUAGUUGGUCUAGGUAGUGGUUGUCUGUCGAUGUUUAUUCAUGAGUUCUACACACAGAUCGUCCUACAUACCGUAGAAAAAGACCCCGAAAUAGUCAAAAUUGCAAAGAAAUGGUUUAACUGCAUUGAAGAUGACCGACUCAAGAUUUUUACUGAAGAUGGACUGGACUUCAUCAAAUGGGCAUCGACUCAAGAUCCAAAGCCUUGUUAUCACGUGAUCAUACUUGACGUAGGCAUAAAAAGUAAGGCUCCUGAUUCUGUGACUCCACCAAUCAGCUUCCUAGAGCCAAUCUUCCUCGCAUCUGUUAAGGAAAUUCUUCAUAAAAAAGGAGUUUUGAUCAUAAAAUUCAAAUGCAGCAGCACAGACGCCACACGUACUAAUAUCCUCCAAGAACUGCAGUCACUAUUCCAAGAAGUCUGUAUUCUAAAAUUGGACGAGUCUGACUGCGAAAUCAUUUUCGCUUUGCCAGAAAAACGCGACAUGGGAAUAACGCAAAACUCGAGGGUAAAACAGAUCAAGAACUCGGUUGCGGAGUUACAAAAGUAUGGAGAAAGAUCAAAGAAUUGGGAUGAAGACACGGACCUUUGUUUUGUUAUGGAUAACUUGAAGGUUUUGUGAUAGGAAGUAGCGAUAAGAUCACUUUUUGGACAGAGAACAGCACGAAGGAAUUCGCAAAAAUGCACGGAAAGAGUGCGAGGGAAAUACCGAAAUUAGAGAUAUGAACUUUAGGAAACAAGUAAAGAAGUUUAGGAUUCUGUAAGGAAAGAGGAGAAAGAGAGCUGCAAUGUAAGAUUAAGAAAAAGCAAAGGAAGAGAAUGAGGAAAGGAAAAGAAAUGAAAAAGAAGGGAAAAUUAUA